AUGUCCGCGGUUUUGACUGAGGACGAUAUUCGUCGCUUGGGAGCACAAGAGUUAAGUGACAUGGUGAAGUCGUUUGGGCGACGCCAGGGCAAAGGAGGUAGUUAUCCUCGUAAGGAACCAACCAUGAGGAAGCAUAUUGUUGGACACAAACACUGCCCCAAUUGGAAUCUCAUCAGGAAGUCCGUUGCUGGUGAAGCGGUCGAGCUGAACGCCACUGACGCAGUAUUGUGCGGUUUGGUCAAACGUGACCUCGUCCUCAUUCCGCCGAUGCAAUCGUCAUGUGCUAGCUCUUUGCAAGAAGGCCGUGAAAAUGCUGCUCCCUUUACACAACCUGAUAACACUGCGUUUGGCGCUCGAGAGAUUUCUCAGCCCUCUCUUGUGGGUAUUACCCCAACUCAGCAGGGUGAAGACGAGCUUCCACGGGGACAUGCACAAGCAAAUAUUCCUACCGAAGGGGAGACAGCACUCUUAAAAGCGUCCAGUAAGCCUGACAAUUGUGCGGAAGGGCCCGUUAACAACUCCCGACCGUCGCAUGGUGACGGUGCUGGACUACCCAUUCUCCCUCUGGCUUCAAGUAGUGUGGACGUAUCGAACCCGUCUAGCAAGACCGCUGAGAGUGGCGCAGAGUAUAUGGACACCACUCCGACGCCUCACGGUGCAAACCCGUUACUACCGUCUGACCAGAUCGAUGAGUAUGGCGACAAGGCCAUGUACAGGUCCCCAUCGUCUCACGACGAUGUUUCUAUUUUAACCAGGCCCCUUUUGAAUCUGGGAGGUAUCAAUAUGUCAGACCCGUCCACCGAUGCGCUGAUGGACACUCCGCCGUCUAACGGCAGUCAUGCUCCGCUCACCGGGGCCGCUCAAAAUAUGGGAGGAACGAAUAUGUCAAACCCGUCUAACGAUGAGCCGAUGGACAUCCGGCCGUCCCACGACGGCAAUGCUCUUCUACCCGUGGUCCCUCAGGACUCGGGAGGAACGAAUAUGUCAAACCCGUCUAACGAUGAGCCGAUGGACAUCCCGCCGUCCCACGACGGCAAUGCUCUUCUACCCGUGGUUCCUCAGGAUUCGGGAGGCAUGGAUAUCCCAAACCCGUCUAACGAUGAGCCGAUGGACAUCCCGCCGUCCCACGACGGCAAUGCUCUUCUACCCGUGGUCCCUCAGGACUCGGGAGGCACAGAACUACGUGAUAUUUCCGGGAUACUUCGUGAUAGUACAAGGUCGCCGCCAGUUCGUCGCUCCUCUGGGAAUCAACUCCCCGAAACGCGUCAAAUAAUGAUUAGCUUCGAAGACCGUCGACUUGUAAUAGACAGCGAGCCAACCACCGUUGAUCUAGGACCUAAGGAUUUCGAGACACGGAUGGUCUGCCCACGCGGUAUUGUGUCUGUCGCUGUAGAGGAGAUUAUAGGUUAUCUAUUCGUUCUUCGGCCUAGCAUAGCCUCGUCUGCUUGUCGCGUCACCUGGCACUUUCCUCUUCUCGAGGAUUACGAGCUCCUCCUGAUUGAACGCAGAGCGAAUGCUAUGUCCUGGAUAGCCCAUGAUCGUAAGGUUCCGCUCAUCGAGUACAACGGGAAUGAUUGGGUUUAUCUGCGUUGCACCCCAGUUCCUCUGCAUCAAUUGAGUGUGUUCUCGCCGCGGUCAUCAACUUCGAUGUCUCAGCCUCAGGACCAAAGCGUGCCGUCCAAAUUCCCCACGUUACCGAACAGACCAACGCCUCACCACGUUAUCAACGAGGUCGAGGAUGGCGACCCCUAUACCCAGGCGGAACAAUAUUACAACCCACCUACUACCUCGAGACCUAGCAGCGACCCUACGCACCUACCUAUGGAUCAUGAUGAAGACCAGGACACGACAGCGUAUGACUCCUUGUACACGCAUCAGUCCAAACCCAACACAAUCAUACACACCCACAGCAGUUUCUCGCCCCCGGUCAUUUCUGCGGACAGCGAUAACGGGGAAGACGGUCGCACGGUCGAUGGCCGUGGUCACCUCGAAUUCGGCACGCAACCUUCUUUGGGUGUGGCAACCCCAGCUCCUGUUGAUCAGCCUCCUGCUGCGAAGGAUCUUACGGACGCCGAGGACUACAUGCUCAAGUACCUUGAGGAGGAAUACAGCCAAGAUAAAGUGCUGAAGCUUGUGAGGUCGACGAAACCGCAGACAUCACACAUCCUUUACGUUGUAUAUCAACUUGCCCUGACGAUCGGGACCAUCGCGAACAAAUACCGACCGUCAAGUAAUCUUUCCAUCUCCCGGGCCCUUAUUCCACGCCGAACCGACCGAGAUACAGCUGAUCUCGCUGUCACUGAAAAGGUGAUGGUCGCCUUCUUGUGCAGAAGCUGGGGGCAUAUCCAGGACUGUCAGAGGGUUGCUCUCGCUCUUGCCAAUCAUGAAAUCAUUUCCCAGGACAGCAAAGCGAGGCAAUGGUUGUUAAAACUUCAGAAAGGCGAAGAUGCCCCGGAAUCAGAACGCGGCAAAGGUGUACCUCGCACGGGGAUUGGGGCAGUUUGGACAGACCUAGGAGUAGCCAAAGGUGAUAUCAGAUUACCGCAGUAG